UAAAAAUUGGCCAAUCCGUGCGGACCACAUACUCCUUUUGAAAGAUACUUCUCGCGGAACUUGCUCAGUUGGAGAAUUAGUGUUGUUAUUUUGCAUUUCUUCUAUCAUGGCCCGUUUAGUUUUAGCCUUGUCAAGUCUACUACUAGUAGUAUGUUCAGACCCCACUGUGUACCUCAGAGAAGACUUUGCAGAUGGAGAUGCUUGGUCAAGCAGGUGGAUCCAAUCUGAACACGAGGGUAAAACUUUCGGUAAACUCGGACUCAGCGCCGGAGAAUUCUUCCAUGACGAAGCUAAAGAUACAGGUUUGAAAACUCUGGAGAAUGCCCGAUUUUACGGCGUCUCCGCAGCUCUCACCACCCCAGUGGAGAGCACUGAAGGCAAAACACUAGUCGUACAGUUCAGUGUAAAACACGAGCAGAAAAUAGACUGCGGAGGUGGUUACCUUAAACUCUUCCCUUCUAGUCUCAACCCUACAGAUCUCCAUGGAGACGCACCUUAUAACAUAAUGUUCGGACCCGAUAUCUGCGGCCCGAGUGCCCGACGUGUACAUGUUAUCUUUAACUAUAGAGGAAAUAACCUACUCCUUAAGAAAGAAAUCAGAUGCAAAGACGACGAACUAACACAUUUGUAUACUCUUAUCGUACGAGCUGAUAACACAUACGAAGUAAGAAUCGAUAACAAGAAAGAACAGAGCGGUAAACUAGAGGAAGAUUGGGAUUUCCUGGAACCAAAAGAGACCCCCGACCCUGACGCUACCCAGCCUGAAGAUUGGGAUGAUAAUCCUUUCCUUGACGAUCCCGAGGACGUAAAACCAGAGGACUGGGAACAACCCGAGACUAUUCCCGACCCAGACGCUAAGAAACCAGCUGAUUGGGAUGAUGAUAUGGACGGUGAAUGGGAACCCCCUGUUAUUGAUAACCCUGAUUUCAAGGGAGAAUGGAGACCAAAACAGAUCGAUAAUGCUAACUACCAAGGAGAGUGGGAACCAGCUAUGAUCGCUAACCCUAAAUACUUCGAGGAUGAUAAAUUGUAUCUACAGAAGGACAUCAAAUAUGUCGGAAUUGAUAUCUGGCAGGUAAAAUCAGGUUCCAUAUUUGAUAACAUUCUUAUAACUGACGAUGAGGACUUCGCCAGAAAUGUUGCCAAGGAAACAUUCGAAGAGAGCGCUAAGGGCGAGAAAGAAAAGAAAGAAGAAAAAGACGAGAUUGAGAGGAAGAAGAGGGAAGACGAAAGAAAAGCACGUGAAGCUGAGGAAGCAGCUGCAGAGGCUGACGAUGAAGAAGAAGAUGAUAUUGAAGAUGACGAGAGCGCAUUCGCAGAGGACGCUGACAUUGAGUCAGCUGGAGCUGGUGACGAGGCUACGGACCCUGAGGAGGAGGCUGAGGUUAACUCCAUCAAGGAGGACGUCAAAGACGAAUUAUAGGAUGUUUGUUGAUAUUAUAUUACUAAGUUUAUCAUGGACACGAAUCACCAGUAAUUUAUAUUUUUAUACCAUGCCAGUCCACCUUAUUUACUUAAAAUAAUAUCUUGACUAUUGGGGAGAGCUUAUUUCGGUAGUAAAUAUUUAUGGACUUCUUUCGACUCAUUAUUUAUAUUCUAUUUAAAACCUCACAUAUUCUUUAAAAACCUUGGUUUAUAUUAUCAGCUUAUUAUGGCGUUUGUAGCAGGCCUAUAAUCCUACGUUUAUACGUUAAAUUGUUAUCUAGUUUAAAAUGGAUUUGACAAUAACCAACUGUUGCUAGGUAACUAGAAGUUGUUUAAUCUUUUGAGUAUUUGAUUUUGUUUGCCGAUAAGUAUGCAAUAUUUUUUGAUUCAAUUUACAGUUCAACUGACGUUAAUUUAAUGUGGAAA